ACUCCACUCUACUCUAGCUUGCUAGCUACUCACCACCCUUAGCUCAGCUCUCUUUCCCGGAAGCUCGAUCUCUCCGGCGAGUAGUACUAAUUAAGAAAAAUGGAUACAAUUGCAAGGAGAGUGGUGGGAAGCAUCACACUGAUCCUGAGUUACUUGAAAUGGGGAUGGGAUAUUCUGCUCCAUAUCUCCUUCUUCCAUCCCCACUGCCCCUCCCACCUUCUUCUUCAGGACCCGACCGCCGCCGCCACGUCAGCUCACUACAGUCCCCUCCGCCGCGGCGGUGGUGCGGCGGGCGAGGAAGCCGAGUGCGCGGUGUGCUUGUCCAAGAUCGAAGGAGGCGACGAAGUCCCGGAGCUGACGUGUCAGCACGCGUUUCAUCAAGUUUGUCUCGACAGAUGGACGCACUACUCGUUCUUCACCCGCCGCCGCCAUCCCACGUGCCCGCUCUGCCGCCGUUCCUUGACCGGGCGACCAGAAGAAGUGGUCGUGUUCGACUUUGCUCGGUUCGUUUGCUCCGAUGAUGAUGCCCGCCACACCUGGUGGCUCCGCUAGCUAGCUAAGAAGUGGUGUUAAGUGAUCCGUUUUUAACCAUUCGAGUUAUUGACAUCGGUUGGUUUAUAUAACUAAUAGGCUUCCCGCAGCAUGCAACUUACUGUAUGAAAUAUAAAAUAAUGUAUCUGUG